AUGGAUAGUAUUCAGGCUAAAGCAAUGAGAAUAGUCCUAGGAGCUAUGAAGUCAAGUCCAAUAAACUGUAUGAGAGUCGAGUGUGUAGAGCCUCCAUUAAACUUACGACGGCAAUUUCUGUCUGAUAAAUUCCUAUUCCGUUGUAUCCAAUUCAGUAACCAUAUCCUAACACCUAAACUGACUUGCCUGGCAUCUUUAAUCCCCAAUUGUAGUUAUUGGAAAAACAAACGCCCACCAUGUUUGGUUGAAAGUUACAGAAGAUUUACUUAUUUUGAGGCUCCUACUCACCAAGCGACUUCUAAUCCAUUGUUCAAAUAUAGUUAUGAUUCCCUUGUAAUCUCUCCUGAUAUACAUACUAGCACAGGUCUUGUGAAAAUUGAGCAAAACCAAAAGUUAACAUUUAACUAUAUUGUUGACACCAAGUGGCCACAAUGGCAUCGAAUAUUUACAGAUGCAUCUAAGCAUUCCAAAGAUAGCUGUGUAGGUGUUGGUGUACUGCACUCUAAUUACAAUAUUGUUCAAAAAACUAAACUCCCUCCUGAAUCCUCCGUGUUCACUGGCGAAUGUAUUGGCCUUGUUAAAGCCAUAGAAUACAUCCUUCUACUAAAACUUCAAAAAACUGUAAUUUUUACAGAUUCACUGAGUUCUUUGAAUGCCUUAGCCCGGUUCCCAUUUGGAUCACAUUAUCAAUUCCCUGUCAUUUCCGAAAUAAGAAACCUGCUAUUAAAAUGUAUAAAAGAAAACUAUUACGUACCUAUCGUUUGCAUGGGUUCCUGGUCACUGUGGAAUAUCUGGAAACGAGAAAGCCGAUCGUUUAGCCAAUGA